UGCACACUAUCAGUCGCGGCUGACAGCCGCGUCCGCUAAUGUGUCGGCGCCUUAAUAAUUCACUAACCACAGACUAGGCAAUGAUAACCUCAAAAUAUUUCAUGAUGUCAAAUGUCAAUGACAUUAUGUCAUGUCAGUCGUAAUAAAUACUUUAUUUGUUUACUAUAAUUUCAAGGGAGUAUUUAUUAUUAAAUUAUCUGAAAACAUUACACUACGUAAACUUUGAAAUCCCAUUUCGGUUGCAAAAUGUCUGUUACAUUGCACACCGAUGUUGGAGAUAUUAAAAUAGAACUGUUUUGUGAGCAGUGCCCAAAAACUUGCGAAAACUUUCUGGCCCUUUGUGCUAGUGAUUAUUACAAUGGGUGUUUAUUCCACAGAAAUAUAAAGGGUUUCAUAGUUCAGACCGGCGAUCCAACAGGCACUGGAAAAGGCGGUUCUUCAAUUUGGGGCAGAAAAUUUGAAGAUGAAUUCAAUGAUGCACUUAAGCAUUCAUCAAGAGGGAUGGUGAGCAUGGCUAACAAUGGCCCCAAUACAAAUGGAAGUCAAUUCUUUUUCACAUAUGGAGAACAGCCCCAUCUUGACUUGAAAUAUACUCUCUUUGGAAGAGUAAUUGAUGGAUUUGAAGCCCUGGACGACUUGGAGAAGAUGCCUGUCAACCCAAAAACAUUUAAACCUCUUGGUGAAGCUAGAAUCACAUCAGUUACCAUACAUGCCAAUCCUUUAGCAGGAUAAUCUUGAAUAUUAGAUGUAUAAACCUUGAUGUUAAGAUUAAAUAAUAUUUUAAGUAAUA